AUGUAUGGAGUCUUGGUGUUAUUUUAUAUAUGCUAGUUUGUGGACAUGCUCCAUUUCAAGAAGCAAAUGAUAGUGAAACAUUAACUAUGAUAAUGGACUGUAAAUACACUAUCCCAUCACAUGUUUCUUCUGUUUGUGUAAGGCUUAUAGAACGGAUGCUAAUUAGAGAUCCAGAUAAGAGAGCGUCUCUUGAAGAAAUAGCAAAUGAUCCCUGGCUUAAUUGCGGUGAUGCUAUUCAGCCAGCUGAUUACUUACCGCUCGUUUCUAGGGAGCACUUGUCAGAUGAAGAUCAUACUCACAUCAUCCAAAAAAUGGUGAACGGAAGUAUAGCAACAAAAGAAGAAAUUGUAGAAGCUCUGGACAAAAAUAAUUACAAUCAUAUCACUGCUACUUAUUUUCUUCUGGCGGAAAGGAAGUUAAGAGCGCAGCGCCAAGAAAAGGCUCAGCUUCUUAACAGUAGAAUUUCUCGUACCGACCUUUCUCCAGUUGCAGUCACACCUGGAAUAUCAUCAGCUGUUCCCUCUCCUGCUCAAGAAAAGCCUACUGUUGGUGUUGAAAGUUUAGUGUCACCAUGUUUACCUUCUAAACCAUUAGAACCACGACAUUUUGGGUCACAUUUAGUACCUCCUGGACCAUUGCCUGUCCAUCCCAUUAUUUCUCAAAAUCUUACCCUGCCAUUAGUAAAUAUGCCAUUGCCAUUAGCUCGAAAAUGUAGCAUUGUAAGAGAAGAAGAAGAUAAUAGUAGUACUGCCAGUGCUAGUUCAUCUCCAACCAAAUCACCUCUCACAGAUAAACCAAAAGAUGGAUUAGGCGACUUAGCCGAAAUUGCAAUAAGAUGUUUACAAAACAAUCAAACUAACUCAUCUCUAAUGAGAGCGGCAACAAUUCAAAGACCAGUAUUUACAUUACCAGUAUGUAGCAAUGCUCUUGCUUUAACAACAACUCAGAAUAAAUCAAAACAGUUAGUAGGUAAAUUAUCAGGUUGUUCUUCCUUAGUAUCGCCUAAAUUUAAAACACUACCUCCUCAUGGUCGCAAGCUUCACACAGUGCAGAGUUCGCCACAGCUUCCAUUGAACGAAAUUAACGAAGAAAGUGAAAAUGAAUCCGGACAAAUAUGCAGAAGAGGUUCCAAUAAGAAAAACUUUUAUAUUGGAAAGUUACAUUCUCACAGUUCAGUUAUAUCUCACAUUAUGUUGAAAAUGAUGGAACAGCAUCAUAAAUUUGGAAAAUCGAGAACAUCGAGUUGUAGCAGUUUGGAAAUUAGUGAUGAAGACAAUGCAAAGCAUAAAAAUGAAAAAUCCAAAUCAAACAGUACCGACGAGAAACAGACCGAAGGAAGCUUAAAGGAAGAAAACAAAUCUAACAAUUCGGGUUCGGAAAAUGGGAUUGAUUCUAGCAAUCCGGAAUGUACCGCAAGGGUAAGCAACAAUUCAUUAGGAAAUGGAAUAAAUUAUGAAAAUGGUGAUGAUGAGGGACAAACCAAUGAAGAACACAAUAGAAAUAUUUCAGCAUUUAAUCACACUGUCUUUUCUACAGAUAGUACCGACAGUCUCGAUUUCUUAUCAGAAACACAGCCUAGGCUAGUAAAUUCAAUGUCUUGUGGUGAUCUAACUGCAGAAGUUGAACAUUAUUCGAUGCAAGAAAAAAAAGUGAUUCAUACAGAUAGCAUUUCGUUAACAGAAAUUCCACAAAUAGUUGAUGAGAAUAGUUACAAAGUUCCUCAAUGUACAGAAAAUCAAAUAGAGAGUACAAAAACAAUUAGUCAAAUUAGUAAUAGUUUCAGUUUAAAUACAGGUCUCAGCACUCUGCAAAAGGUGCAGAAUCUCAAGGAAAUUAGUAUAGAAAGCAUGACACAAGAAAGUGACAAGAAUUCUAGGGUUAUUGGUUUAGACUUGACUAAAUUAGUACAAUCGGCUGAUCGUUCUAGUGCCAAAAACCAAUUAGACAUAAAUCAAAAUGGAUGGAAAAAUAAUCAGAGGAAGUCGAAUAAUACUCGUGCAUCCGGAAACGAUCAACAAGCCGUUGUUGAUAUGAAAAUGGCUUCCAAGUGUUGUACACUUUGUUAAUUAAUAGUUUUUCAUCUUAGGAGGUUCAUACUAAUCAUGCAUUAUAUGUGUAAUAAGAUUUAUUCAGUUUUAAAUUUAAUGGCCAGAUGACAAUUAAAAUUGCAAAAUUUAAAAUUUACACUUAGUUUUUAAUUAGUGGCCAGAUAAUGACCAAGAUAUAUAUAUUUUUUUUCCUUCAGUACAGUGGUUUGCAUUUAUUUGUCUCAAAUUCAGAAUCAUGUUGUCACUCCAGUCAGUGUCGAGGUAAAGUCGUCUGUUUAAUUCUUUAUUAUUUCUUACUCAGUGCAUAAUAUUUUCAUAUCUUAUACAAUCAAAUAAUUGUCGUGUUAAUGGGAACUUUCUUCCAGUCGCAUAAAGUCAUUCGAUAUGGGAUCAGUUAUUAUUUAAUAGAUUUUAUGUGCAUUUUAAAUUUUUCGUAUAGAUCUUUCUUUGAAAGUAUUUUAGUUUUAAAUUUUUAUGCAAUUUAUGUAUGCUUUCUAAUCCACACUUUUUGAAAUUGUACUGUUUGUUAUAUCACACUUGCAGCUGCCUAUAUUGUUAGAAGUUUAAAUGUACAUAUAUUCAUACACUUCAAAGGUUUGCACAAAUAUUUACAUAAAUGAAGAAUCGUACUUCUCUAAACAUCUAUCUAUCAUCAUUUUUGCAAGUAGGAAUCAAGUUAAAACUAUACGCAGCUAGCAGAUUUUUUUUUGUGAUUUUAAUUUCUUAAAUUAAAAAAAAAAAAGUUAUAUAUAUAUAAUAUAAAUAUAUUAAUUUAUUUAUUUCAUAAUACUCUCACAAACGAUAACUUGUUUGUCAUCUAUGAUUGUGCACAUUACAUUUAUUAAAUUAUUUGUUUACAUUAUAGAUGUAACGAACAGAUUAUGUAGUAAGUUGUUGAACUCUACCUGUUUUAGUAUUUCUCUGAGAAAAAAAAAACGUUAAUAUUGUAAAAGAAUGUAAGUUGCAAUAUGUUUUUUCCCUCUCUCCACAUUUUAUAUAUAUUUUGCAUGCAAGCAAAUGUUUUGAACAUUAAAUUUUCACACUCGAUGCAAUUUAAUUCUUUUGUUUUUGGUCUAAAACUUGUCUUUGUUAUCACUGACAGAUUAUUUGUAAAGAUUGAAGUCUUCCAAAUUUGUCAUUUGAUUGAAAAUGCAUUUGGAUAUUUAUGCAAAUCAUUUUAGUUAUGCAGUAGUAAAUAACAAUUGACCUGGUAUUAAAAGUUUGCUUCCACGUUUGCGGAAAGUCGAGUUGUAUUUAUGAUGAUUUUUUUUUGGUUGGUGAGAGCUGAGUCUAGGUGCUACUUUGAGUUUUAAAAAAUAGAACUGUCAUGGAUAAUAAUUCAGAAUUUUGUAUCGGAUACAGAAUAUGUAUGAUCUUUUUCCAUUUGUAUGGUUUUCUGAGCGAAUAGUUUCUUAAGGAAAUCUUAUUUUUAGAUUUCAAUAAACACUUCAAUCUUUAUUUUCAUACCCUUAAAGGAUUAUUAUUUCUUUUGCAUUAAAUAGUUUAGGUAAAUUGCCAUUUAUGCAUGCAAAGUUCCUAUAUAUAUAUAAAUAUUUAUAAAUAUUGUUUGUUAAAAUUUCAGUUAUCUAAAUUAUUGAAUUUUUUAAUUUUUUGUCUUUUUUAUAAGAAACUUUUUUGACAAGAUUUACAAACAAAAGCAGUGUAAAUUGCAAAUGAUAGUUUGAUCGGCUGCAAGUAAUUUUUAAAUUUGUAGUGUUGGUUGGUUGUUUUGCAUAUCUGUUCAUCUCGGUUGUUGCAUCCGAUGCGGUGAUUUCUCUUUUCUUUUUGAAUUGGCAGCUAUAAUAUGAAAUGAAAUACGAGCCAGUAAACAACAAAUCGUUUCCUUAAAAUUAUAAAUUGCCACACCAGUCCUUCCUUCAUGAUUGAAAUUGCAUUGCUCAAACUUUCUCCAUUUCUAUUUUUGAAGCAUAUGUAAAUACAAACUAUAAAAAAAAACCACCACAUAAAUUCGCCCUUAUGCACCUAUUUUAAUUGCCACGAUUCACAUAUUCGCAGAAGGGGUGAAAAUAAAACUUAAGACUGUAAUAUCAUUUUUCUCAAUUAUCACAGCACACAGAUACACACAUACUCGUUGGCAUUCUCUCCCCAUAAUUAAUUUAACAUAUCGGAUCAAUUAUCCACACUCGGCACAUGGAUUCUUUUUUCUUAAAUUUUAUAGAAUAACGACAGUUUAGAGUUCACUCCACGUAGAGAGCAUACACUUUUCCAAAAACGGCAGCGGGCACAUUCCUGUUACGUAAGCCAUUCCUACCGUGCCAGAUUCUUUCAAAUAAUUAGAAGUUUGCUCUCGGAAUUAUGCAUAGGAAGCCUGUAGGUUAUAUUUAUCAUUCAUUCCCCAGAAAAGCAAUCUACUUACAUUGAAUAGUGUAUAUAAAAGAAAAAAGCAGUUUAAAUUUAUUCUCCAAAGGAACUUCUGGGAGAUUUUAAAUUCUACUAUUUAUUGGAAGAACAGGGUGAAGUUGGAAUAUUAACAGGAAUCAGUAAUUUUGUCUAUCCAAAAAAAAA